GCAGCUACCAGAUGCCAGUCCGAGAUGGAGCUGCGAGUGAAAGCCGCCGUCUGUGCUUUUCUCUCCGUGGCUCUCCAUUCAAGCUGCUCUAGUUUGAGUCUCACUACUCCCACAAGUCCUGUUUUCGGACGGGUAGGCGGCGAUGUGACAUUUGACGUUUCAACAAAUCCUUCAAAUGUCAUGUUACAGGUGGUGAUCUGGACGUUAAACAAUACUAACAUGGUGGUGAGUUCGGCAGGUUCUACAGUUGGAUACGGACAGGGAUAUAAAGGGAGAGCUCAUCUGAACACAAUGACGGGAUCUCUGUCGCUCUUCAGACUGACACUACGUGACUCGGGACAGUACAGCGUGACCAUCGGGACUGGGGGAGAGAGUGGGAGUGCAAGUGUCACACUUCAGGUGUUAGCAUCUUCACCAAGAACAGUUUUCACCUUGACAACAGAAAGUCUAGCUAGAAUAAUCAUCGGUUCAUUUCUGGUGGCCAUUCUUGUAGCAGUGGUUGCAUUUCUUAUUGCAAAUGGCAUCAGGAGGGGACAACUUUGCAGAAAAGUUCCAGAUUUUAAAGCAGAUAUUAAUGAGAGCCCACCCAGCACUUAUGAAAAUGUGCAUAACAUGAAAACAAUGGAUAAACGUCCUUCUCUUCCAAGUCCCAGCACAGAUCACCAUUACAUGGGUCUGCAGCCUAGACGGCAGUCAAUCUAACACUCCCUCCAAGGAAAAAUGCCAGCUCAACAUAAGGUUAGAUGAUUCAAUGAUGUCGGUCUCGUGGACAGCUGACACACCCGUCUUCAUUCCAUCAUCACAUGGGGUUUCAUGGUGCUUUGAUCAGGUGGUGGUGGUGCAGAUUUUCACCACUGAGGAAACAAAAAAACUGCUGAGAAUAGUGGGGAUUAGUACUUGUUUUUAUCGAUGUAGAAUAUGAUAACACGGGUAACCAAUGUAACAACAAUAAAACUGA